CAUCGUUGACUCGAAAUGACGACACGCGUCGAUCGAUCGGAGAGGAUCGCUGGAACGCGUUCAUCUUUUAUUCGAUUCACGACAAAGAAACACCGGUCAGUCCUGAUGGCCAUUUUCAUUUGUUGUUUGGUGACUGGACCUUCGUCAGCGUGUGACUAUCAACGCGUCGAUCCCGGUCACACGAUGUGUGUGUAUUCACCACGAAAUUGCGGCGGGAAAACACUCAUUCGUGCUAGCGGAAUGAGCUGUCACGAUAAGCAGAUCAUUUUGGAGACCCACAAUCGGUUGAGGCAAAUGUUAGCCUUGGGUCAAAUACGAGGCCAACCGCCGUCGCUCGAUAUGCGGGAACUGGUCUGGGAUGAAGAACUGGCGGCCAUUGCUCAAAGGUGGGCAGAUCAAUGCAAUGCUGGACACGACCGUCUUAGGAGAAUAGAUAGAUUUAGUGUUGGACAGAAUGUAGCAGCCACAUGGACGUUUGAUAAGCCUAGCCCAACUGGCGAGGAACCUGAAUUCAAGCGUCAAAUCGAAGCCUGGUUUAAUGAGGUGACGCAAAUCGGGUUUCGACCGAAAGAUAUUGAUCCAUUUAAUUUCAACCGACAAGCGGGACAUUAUUCUCAGAUUGCUUGGAGCGAGACGUAUGCUGUCGGUUGCGGUUACAGUUACUUUAGGGAUCCGCAGCGUGGUUAUACCAAACUUUAUGUUUGCAAUUACGGACCUGGAGGGAAUGUCAUUGGUGCCACGAUGUACAGAACAGGUCGGCCUGGUCAGACGAUGUGCAUCAACGAAGGAUUAGCAACAUCCAGACGCUAUCCUGGACUUUGUGAGAUACCACCCUCUUCCGCAGGAGUUGAUUAUCGCGAUUUGAUAUGCACCGCUCCGGCAACGACCACCAUCGAUCAAUUACAACUUCAAUUAUCUCCUGUUUCAGCUGCAGUCAAUAAACCACCACCCCUUUCUUCCUCCUCGUUGGCUCCAGUCCCGGCACCCCCUCCCGUGCUUCAACCACCACCCAUCUUUCCUCCUCCUUCUCCUCCGGCGCCCGCCCCAACGCCGCAACUUGGCGACAUGGUUCUACGCGGCAUGCAAUCUCCACUGGCCGGAUUGGCUAAAUUAUUGGGGCAUGCCCGUGACAACAAUGAUGUUUUGGCUGCCUUUAUAUCUGUAAAUAAACAACUGGUGGCACUUGGUGAAAAAGAUAGGCUCAGGCAAGAGUUACAUGAAAGACUGAAAAAUUCUCAUGUCAGAAAUUUGCUGGAGAACCAGGUUCGUCAGAUAAUGCAACAAAACGGAGGGGUCAAUAAUGUGAAUCUUGAAACCAUUGUUGAACAGCUAAGAGGUAAAUCAAUUUAUGCUGUUUCUGAAGAUGGAUUAACAAGUGAAGAAAGCUCAGAGGCUUUUCAACCAAUUGCUGAUGAAGAAAUGAUGCCUCGAGGAGAAUAUGGUGGAGACAAUGAAGAUGAAGAAGCAGUUAAUAAAGGUGCAGAAUUGUUUGGAUUUGGAUGGAAGACUCCUAGAAAGAAGACCACACUGAGAACACCUUUAAAAACUCCAACAUCUGUUUUGAAACAAAGAAUAAAUAAAACUCCAAAUAAAACACCUUUGAAAACACCAGACAAAGGAAGAAAAACCAUCCCUGCUCAAACUCCACAGACAGUUCGGCGACAAUUACGGAACAAAAUUGUGAAGGUGACAUCUCAAGUGUUAGAAGGAAACAGCGAUGCAGAGAGCGAUGGUUCGGAAAGUGACUCCAGCUCAAAUGAUGAAGAAGACAGAAAAAAGCUUAAACUGAAAGCUGCGAAAAAUCAGGCGAUGGAUAUCAGUGUUAAUACUGAAGAUUAUUUUUUGGCGCAAAGCUCUUCAGUGCACACUUCUGAUCGAACGCUCAACCGUUUGAGUAACCCUAGGUUGAGUCAAGAAGCGGUCGAUUCAUUGAUGGAAAAUUUUGAUGAUUGUCAUUCAAAAGAGAAAGUACUUCUAAUGAAAGAAUACCAACAACAGUUCCUUCAGUGGAGUUUCCUUUUAAGGGAAGGAUUCAACAUUCUUGUUUACGGAUUGGGCUCAAAGCGAUAUUUACUCGAUGAAUUUCGCACUCGGUUUCUUGACGGAAAAAACGUGAUCGUCGUUAACGGUUAUUUCCCUGGUUUAACAAUCAAGGAGAUAUUUAAUUCAAUAACAGAUGGCAUUUUGGAGCAUUCUGGCACGUUCUUUAGCACCGUCGAACAGUUGGAGUUCAUAGAACAGGAAUUUAACAGUACAAAAAUUGAGGCUUAUCUUAUUAUUCACAAUAUGGAUGGCCCCAGCUUGCAGUUCAGCCGAGAACAAGAAGUUCUAUGUCGAUUGGCUGCAGCUCCUGGUCUUCAUGUUGUCGCUUCCACCGACCAUAUCAACACUCCAUUACUGUGGGAUCAGCGUAAACUAAGUCAAUCAAAGUUUGUUUAUUUUGAUUGCACCACUUUCGCCCCUUACUCAGAAGAAAUCUCGUACGAAAAUUCACUCCUAGUCCAACAAUCUACAACGCUCGGAUUAGCCUCCCUCGUGCAUGUAUUUGCGUCGUUGACGUUCAACGCCAAGGCGAUUUUCAUUCUGAUUGCGCAGCGGCAACUUGAAAACAAUAAUGAAACUAAUUAUCACGGAUUUCCGUUCCAUGAACUCUACAGCGAAUGCAGAGAUCGGAUGUUGGUCAAUUCGGAUUUGACUCUGCGUGCCCAGUUGACUGAAUUCAAAGAUCACAAGCUAUUGCGGAUCCGACGAACCCCAGAUGGAACUGAAGUACUGCACAUUCCCCUAGAAAAAAAUCAGCUUGAAGAGUUUGUUCAAAAACAUCAAGAAUAGCCUCCGGUAGCAAGCGAUCGCCAAAGUCUGUGGUACCGUGAAACAGAGUUGCUCGACAAACUCGCUCAGUAAACGUACUAACAUUCUUAAUCUAAAGUAUAGCGAAUGUACUUUCUGCCCC